ACGUAUGAAAAGGUGGCAACGUACGGUAUACCCUGUUUUUUGUUGCGAGUUUACACGUUUGUUUUAGUUGCCGUAGAAUUUAUUAAACAAAAAUGGAUUUUGAUGCUGAGGACAAUCUUACCGUGGAGGAAAUGCACUUUAUAGCCGACUUGGACAGUCGCCAGUUUGGUUUUCUCAAAUUGACAGCGCCUGAAAAUGCAGCCAUACGUAUCAUUGUUGAGCGUGCAGUGAAAAUCUUACAAAAGGUUAUUAUAUCAAGAAAAGAAGAGGAGCAAAGGGAAAAAUUAGCAAUAAAAUCAGAGGAUGUGCCUGAAGAAUCAAACUCACAUGUGAUGAAGACAGAGCAGGGAAGUGAUGAACUGUUUCAGGAAAACAGUACCCAAGUGCCUGUUGACUUACCAAGUCCCCAAAAGAAAGAAGACGAAAGUGCUAAUCAAACAUCUGCGGAAACUCCUACCACUAAUCAGGAGAGUGGUAAAGAUAAAAAUAAAAUUUCCGUAGAUGUUUUGACUUAUUGUAAGCUGGGACACCUUCAUUUACUUCUUGAUGAGUAUGACGAAGCGCUUGCAGCUUAUCAAAAGUAUUAUCAACUUUGUCCGAAGAACUGGAAAAAUUUGCCUUUUCUGUAUGGCCUUGGGAUGGUUUAUUUCCAUUUUAAUGCAUUUAGAUGGUCUAUUAGAGCGUUUAGAAGUUUACUUUAUCAAGACCCGAAUUUUUUGCGGGCUAGUGAAGCACAUUUACGCAUUGGGCUUAUGCUAAAAGUCUUUGGGGAGUAUAAACUAUCACUUAAACAUUUGAAGUUAGCCCAAAUUGACAAUUCUCCAUGUACAUUUUCUAAACUACAAAUAAAAUUUCACAUUGCCCAUCUAUAUGAAGUUCAUAAUAAGCAUAAAGCGGCCAAAGAGGCCUACGAGCAUCUUCUUAAUAGUAAAGAGCUGACAUUGGAAUUGAAAGCAGAUAUAUAUAGACAAUUAGGAUGGAUGUAUCAUUGUGUGGAAUCAUUAGGAGAUAAAAAACAACGAGAUAAUUAUGCAAUAAUAUGUUUACAAAAGUCAAUUGAAGCAAAUCCGAAAUCAGGACAAUCACUGUAUUUAUUAGGCAGAUGUUAUGCGGGUAUUAAUAAAGUUCACGACGCAUUCAUAGCUUACAGAAACUCUGUGGAAAAGAGUGAAGGAAACGCCGAUACAUGGUGUUCUAUCGGAGUAUUAUAUCAGCAGCAAAGUCAACCGACAGACGCGCUUCAAGCGUAUAUAUGUGCAGUUCAACUCGACAAGAAUCAUAAGGCGGCGUGGACAAACCUAGGAAUAUUGUAUGAGAGUUGUGGUCAACCAAGAGAUGCGUAUGCAUGUUAUUUAAAUGCAACAAGAAGUAUAAAAAAUAAUACCCAACCAAAGGCUACAGUUAACGAUAGCAAAGCUGGAAAUUUAAAUCUUAAACUACGUACCACAGGAAACUUAACUUCACGAGAGUGUCAAGGCUUGGGUAAAGGAUUGUCUCAACGUAUAAAAUUUUUAGAAACUCAAUUAGCCCAAGCGCCUAUGCCAAGUAUUACUUCAAAAAGAAGACAACUUUGUUCAAUUGAAGAAGCUUGGAAUUUACCAAUUUCAUUGGAAAUGAGUUCGAGGCAACAACACCAGCAAGCUACACAAGUGCAGCAACGUCAAUAUGGCAAAAGUGCUCACGGUUCGGUAAUUCAGGGCCCACCACCACCAUAUCCACAUACACAUCAGAAUAUAAAUAAUGUACCAACAAAGCGUUUCAAAGAUGAAGCCCUCCAACAAACCGAGUCCGGCAAUCGCCCAGCGCAACCGGCUUUCUUCCUUUCACAGCAACAACUACAAACUUUACAAUUUUUGCAACAAAACCAAAGCACACUUAAUCAUCAAGAGCAGGCGUUGUUCCAACAACUCAGCAGUCAAUAUCGCCUUAUGCAACAAUAUCAACAAGCAAUGAGACAGCAGAACACGUGUCAAUUGCCGCAAAAUGUACAAGCGCAACAAUUGCAAUCGCCGUCGCUGCAACCAGCGACAGGACAACCUAUACACUCCACAGCGUCAUCUUCGUUAACGACUGGAAAUAUAACUGAAGCGACGUCGAGUACGAAUGCACCUCCCGCAUACGCUGGAACGCGUGAUGAUCAAACAAAAGCAGUCGUGCCGAAGCCAUCCACAUCAUCUAUUGAAUCUGGAGUUCUGACGCAAUUGUCACCAAGUAAUGAUCAAUUGGGUGUCAGUGAUCAGGAGCUUCAGGUGUUUCUCUCACAAAAAGGUUUAACCUCAACGUUUGCUGAAGAUCUUUUAAAGACAUUUAACCCUGAUAACCUAGAUAUUAAGGAAGAAGAUAUAGAUGGCACUACUGAGGAUUUAUUCAAUGGCCUCGAUAAGAAUUUAUCCACCGCCGAUAAAAGCAAUACACGCACAUCCAUCGCCAGCGGCCAGCAACCAACAGGCGAAACUAACAGUACAGAAACUGCUGGUGCCGUCAAAGAAGAAACCGAUGCGGAACAAAACUCAGCCGAUAUAAAAUCGGAAAAUUUUCAUGGAGAUGAAUAUGAUGAUCGAGAUAAAUAUGAUGAUGAUCUGGAAGAGCCUUCGAAAUUUAGCAUACAAAUGGAUUCGAAACAACUGAUUGCAGCUGUUAAAAAUCUAUCGCUUGAAGAACCCCCGCCCCAUUGUUCCGUAUUACAUAUAAAUGCGCCACCGCCUUCGCCGCCAGAUUGCCCGCCACAACGUCUUACCCGUGAACAACUACUGCCGCCCACACCAUCCGUACAUUUGGAGAAUAAGAAACACGCUUUCAGUCCGCAACUGCAAGAGUUUUGCCUCAAGCAUCCUAUAGCUGUAGUACGUGGCUUGGCUGGUGCACUCAAAUUAGAUUUGGGUCUAUUCUCCACCAAAACCCUCGUCGAGGCCAAUCCCGAUCAUAGUGUUGAGGUACGCACACAAGUGCAUCAGUCACCGGAUGAGAACUGGGAUGCGUCCCAAGCAAAACGUGUUUGGGCAUGCAUAUCGCACCGUUCGCAUACGACUAUCGCAAAAUAUGCGCAAUAUCAGGCGUCCAGCUUUCAAGAUAGUUUAAAGGAUGAACAUGAUAAAGGACCAACUGGCGUACCAACAAUGUCCGAUUCAGAUUCUAAAGAUUCAGUGAGCAAUUCCAACGUUAGUGGCAAGCGGAAAAAGCUUAAAAAUGGCAACAAAAUGUUGAGAUUUGGCACUAAUGUCGAUUUGUCGGAUGAACGGAAAUGGCGUUCACAACUUGCCGAAUUGCAAAAACUGCCGGCAUUUGCGCGCGUCAUAUCGGCCGCCAAUAUGUUGUCACAUGUCGGUCAUGUCAUUUUGGGCAUGAACACGGUGCAGUUGUACAUGAAAGUGCCGGGUAGUCGUACACCGGGUCAUCAGGAGAAUAACAAUUUCUGCUCGAUAAAUAUAAACAUUGGUCCGGGCGAUUGUGAGUGGUUUGCCGUGCCCGAUGCUUAUUGGGGUGGUAUACAUAAUCUGUGCGAAAAAAAUAAUAUCAGCUAUUUGCACGGUUCGUGGUGGCCGGUGUUAGAAGACUUGUAUAAGGAGAAUAUACCCGUUUAUCGUUUCAUACAACGGCCGGGCGACUUGGUUUGGGUCAAUGCAGGUUGUGUACAUUGGGUGCAGUCAGUCGGUUGGUGCAAUAAUAUAGCAUGGAAUGUGGGCCCACUGACGGCGCGUCAAUAUUCCUUAGCGGUUGAACGUUAUGAAUGGAAUAAACUGCAAAACUUCAAAAGUAUUGUGCCCAUGGUGCAUCUCAGUUGGAAUCUCGCUAGAAAUAUUAAGGUUUCAGACCCAAAACUGUUUGAGCUUGUCAAAAUGUGUCUGCUGCAGACACUGAAAAAUGUUGUGCACACCUUGGAGUAUGUAAAAUCGAAAGGUGUGGAAGUGCGCUUCCAUGGGCGUGGAAAAAAUGAAGCCUCACAUUAUUGUGGACAAUGCGAGGUUGAAGUUUUUAACAUUUUAUUUAUACGCGAACAAGAGAAGCGUCACGUUGUGCACUGUAUGGCCUGUGCACGUAAGCUAUCACCAAAUUUGCAAGGCAUCGUUUGUUUGGAGGAAUAUCGUUUAAGCGAACUUUUACAAAUAUACGAUGCUUUCGCGUUGUAUAAAGUACCACAGACACUGCCACAAAGUCCGAAUUCGUCGAAUAUUUAAUAUUAUAAGAAUUAUAUUAACGUGUAUGAUGAGAAUGACGAACAAGAUGAUGUCGUCGAUGAUGUUUGAUGCUGAUAAUGGUAUAUUGAUAAAGACAUUCGUUAGUUGAUUUGCAUAUAAAUAUAUAUAUAUUUUUUUCUGUAGUUUGUCGGAUAUAUAGGUCUAUUGCUAAUAUUAAAUAAUUAUACAAUUUUUAUAAUAGACAACAACAAAAAUGCACUGGUAUUAUACUUACGUAGGCAUAUUUUUAUAAUAUUAUACAAAAUACAAUUUCAUUUUUAGCAAGUUUACGAGUAAAUUUAUGCUCUUUCAUAUAGACGAUUAGCACUAUAUACAUACAUAAAUCAUCAUUGUUCUACGUAAUUUUAUUUCUUAGACACUUAAGGCAUUUCUCAUCUAUACGACACAUAUAUAAAUAAGUAUAUAAUUAUACAUGGUACAUGUGCGAAAGUUAUAUACAAAAAAUACAUUUGAAUAGUAGUAAUUACACCUAGCUAUUUAAUUUGUUCUUAAAAAAAACAUUACAAAACAUGCAUAUAUACGUACUACAUACAUACAAAUCUUGAAAGCACAUGCAAAAUAUGUUUGCGCAAUGUGGAUUUUAUUUUUGUAUUGCAGAAUUGAUUCCAAUUGUGUAUUUUAUUUUUUGCGUUGCAUAAUUAAUUAAAAUUGUGCAUUUUAUUUUUUGCGUUGCAUAAUUAAUUCCAAUUGUGUAUUUUAUUUUUUGCGUUGCAUAAUUAAUCAAAUUGUGUAUACCAAACCAAAAUAUCACACGAAAAAUAGUGAAAAAUAUGAGUUAACUUAUUUAAAUUGAAUACAAAUAAUACAAGCGUUAUUUUUAUUUUAACCAAAAUUUGUAUAAGUCAUAAACACAAUUUGAAAAAAAUUAUAUUCACAAACCACAAAUGCGUAAAUUAGUUGCUACAAAACUGUUAGGUUGUUUCAUUAGUGUAAAAGCGAGUUUUAGUUAAAUUGAUAAUAGAAAACGUAAUCAUGUUUGCUAAGUUUAUAAAUACAAAAACACUUAUACAUAUACAUAUAAAUAUAAGAAAAAGCAAAAAUUAUAACUUAAAAAUCAAACUGCUUUUAUAAAUUAUGACAUAUUGUCUUUAACAAACAAGCAAAAACACAAACAUACAUAUACACCAAAAACGUAUGCAUGCAUAUAAAUAAAGCGCUACGAAGCAUUUGAAUAUGACGAUUUUUUCAUAUAUUCAAAAAUUAAGAAGCAUAGCGCAAGCUCAAAAUAAUAUCGAAAAUAACAGCGCUGCAGCAUAAGCAUACAAACAAACAUAUAAUAUAUAGAACCUGUAUAUGUAAUUUAUGAUCUCAAUAAAAAAAGUAAUGAGGACGAAAUAGCAAAAUACAAAAUGUAAUUUCAAAAAACAAAAAUUUAAAUAAAAAACACAAAAAAACAUAAAACAAACGGUUGAACGUGUGCUGUAUAACAAGUAAUAAAAUUGUAAACAAAAGAAAACAACAAAUCUUCAGGCCCGAUAUCAUUUCUAGUUUAAAGAGAAAAAGAGGAAAAUAUAAGAAAAAGCCUGGGAAACAAACGAAUAUAUUUUUAUAAUUACAAGGAAAAAUAUAAAAAUAUAUUUUAGAAGUACGUACAUAUAUAUACAUAUAUAUAUAUAGCAUACAUACACACAUAAGUGUUCAAUAUUUGAAAAAGAGAUGGAGAAACAAAAAAAUAAAAGCCGACCAUGUCUGGCUAAAAGCAAAUAUACCCAAUUCAUUUUAACUGGCGGUCCGUUUCACAACGUGUUUUGUUCGAAAUACUAUACAUAAGUAUAUUUUGCCAUAAAAAAAAAUUAAGCAAACAGUCCAAAAUGUUCAUUUGGUAAAUAUGUCAAGUAUGCGCUAAAUAUUGCUUAUGCGCCAAAAAGUAUGUUUCUUUUUCGUAUUGUAUACAUAUUAUUUAUAGUAUUGGUGUGUGUCUAAGACAGGUGCUAAAAAUAAGAAAAAACAAAAAAUUGUGUGCGAAAUUCUGUAAGAUAAGUUAACAACAAUUUUAGUUAAAUUUGAAACGGGCUUAGCCAAUGCAUAAGGUAGCCGGCUGGAUUAAGUCCGACAUUCUUUAUGGCUGCGUUUAAUGUAAAUAUAUUUAUUAAUAGUCGAUUUCUUGGUAUCCAAAUGUAUUGUAUUUAACGAUAAUCGCGUCUGUAUUGCGCCAUCCGAUUUGUGAAUGAUGGCGCCAGCUCACGUUUUCAUUUAAUUUAAUAUUCUUUACGUAAAAAAAGAAGAGAAUAAAAAAUAUUUCAUGCGUAUUACUGUAUAAUUUAUACGUAGUGUGAAAUUAAUAAAUAAUACAAGAAAAUUAUACAAA